UUCAUCGUUUCUACACAACAUAGUUAUUUGAGACAGGAAAGCAUGACGGAAAAAGUUGAAAGUGGUGACGGGAUGCAGUUUGUUCAGCAUUGACUAUGUAACACAUCUUCUCUGUUCACAUUCAGGACACUGUAAAGAAGAUAAUUUGCAUGGAAAAUAAUCAAAUGAGAUUGUUUUCAUCCUUUCUACACAAUAUGAUUAUUUGAGACAGGAAAGCAUGAAGGAAAAAGUUGAAAGUGGUGACGGGAUGCAGUUUGUUCAGCAUCGACUAUGUAACACAGUAAGCCAUCUUGGGAAAAGGAAACUGGGAAACAUUUAAUGAACAUAUGAGGGAAAAUGAACGCUAGUUGUUGGUUGGUGUAAAAGUAAGCACUAUCUCAUUCCCAGAGAGAGAGAGAGAGAGAGAGAGGUAACAAAUGCAAAUAUGACACGAGAAAGAGGAAAAUGAAUAAGUACUAUGCAUAUCACGGUGGUGGUGGUGGUGGUGUUGGUGGCGGCGCGCAAGAGCAGAAAAUAAGGAGUGAGAGUGACGUAGCGUGUAUCGAGAAGUGAUCACCGCGUCCUCACUUCACUUCCUCCACACUCGCCACUCCUUGCACGUUUCUUGUGAGGGAGUAACCGAGGCCGUGUCGGUGGUGAUGGUGGAGGUGGUGGUGGUGGUGGUGGUGGUGGUGGUAGCGUGCAAAGGCAGAACACAAGACCAGCGUGAGUUGUGAGGCUCAAAGUGAGGAGUGAUUACUGAUUACCACCUCCUCCUCGCCUCACUCUCUCCUGAUACGUUUCCAGUAAAGGAGUUUCCGAGCCUAGUCAGUGUCAGUUACCCAGCCUCCCUUCUCACCAGAGCUCUAAAAAUUCAGUUUCCGCAGCGUUUUUUAUGAGUUUUGCAGUGAAAUUUGUGCAGCAACAAGGUUUGGUUCACGCCGCAGCUCAGGACUCUUCAUACAGUCUGUCAACCUUUCUGGCUAUCUGUUACUCAAAAAAUCUAUCAGUGCGUCAAUCAGCGCGUCUCCCUGUCUACUUGUCUCUAUUAGCUCAUUUCUCUGCCUACACGUCUCUAAUCUACAAAGUUCGCGUCGUUCAGUGUUCAGUAUAGGAGCAAUAACGCAUCUACAUGUCUUUAGUCUAGCUACUCGUAUACUUGUUGCUCUAAAAGUCUAUCAGUACAGUAAUCAGUGUAUCUCUCUGUCUACACGAGUCUAGUUUAGAGUUCACAUCGUUCAGUGUUCAUUAUAAGAGCAAUAACGCAUCUACAUGUCUUUAGUCUAGCUACUCGUAUAAAUGUUGCUCUAAAAGUCUAUCAGUGCAUCUAUCAACGCGUCUUUCUGUCUACACGUGUCUAGUUUACAAAGUUCGCGUCGUUAACUGUUCAGUGUAGGAGCAAUAACGCAUCUACUGUACAUGUCUUUAGUCUAUACUCAUACCAAUUACUCUAAAAGUCUAUCAGUGUAGAAAUCAGCGCAUCUUUCUGUCUACACGUGUCUAGUUUACAGAGUUCGCGUUGUUCAGUGUUCAGUAUGAGAGCAAUAACGUUCCUGCCAGCCCUACACACCUUCCUGGCCUUCCUCUCAUCUUUUGGCGCCACGAUGGAGGCUACGUUCCUCCCCUCCACCCAGACACUCAACGCUAUGAUGCUUGUGGAUUAUCUUGAGUUCUUCCACUAUCUGAGAGUGUGUCUUCUAGUCUCCGAAGAGCCUGAGCAGCUUUGGGCGACUCAGGCCGUGGUGCAUGUGGCGCGCGCCUCCCACGCCUUCCUGACUGUCCUGCCACUCAGCCAGGCCAACUCCACCAGGCACCGCCACCUCCUGCCCUGCGAGAGGGGUCUCUUGGUGGUUCAUCUCACCUCUAGGAGCGAUGUGCACCUGUUUGGCCAGGUGUUCAGCAGCCAGGCCCCUGACGCCAGCUGGCUGCUCCUGGUCCCUGCCGCUCAAGUGACGCGGCGCCUGGCCAAUCUCUACCUGCCGCUGCAUAACAGAGCAACAGUCGCAGCUUACUCGCAGGACGUGGCUUCUACCAGUGUCUCCUUGCUGCAAUGUUACCACGUCAGCGAGGGAGACACACUCAGGCUGCAGUGGUCCGGCGCCUGGCACUACGACAGGAUUGACUUUGGGACCAACUUCCACGAACCCUGGAAAAGAACUCGAAUAGAGGAGGACGUGGACGCGCCUGUCGUAUUGGUGUAUGGUGUACUGGAAUCCCUCAAGGGCGACCCAGUGCUGAGGCGAAGUAAUCUCCAUGGGAUGCACUUGCGAUGUUCAACUAUUUCUUCGCCACCGAGAACCAUCUUGAAACCAGCGAAAGACGGAGCAGUGGACGUGACGGGAAUCUUGGGCAGCGCUUAUAAACACAUGAUGAAGAUCGCUAAUUUCACCUCGACGUGCUUCGCCACCAAGGACGGGCAGUGGGGAGGCCUGAGGGAGGACGGAACGUGGACUGGUAUGAUUGGGGACAUUGUGAGCGGCAGGGCGGAUAUUGCUCUGGCAUCGCUGGACAUCACGCAGGAACGAAGCCAAGCAGUGGACUUCCUGAUGGCUGUUGUGAGGACAGAAUACCUACUCAUCAUGAAGCGACCGAGGAAUGACGAUCGUAAAUGGAGCACCUUCACAUCGGAGUUUGAGACGCAGGUGUGGAUCGUGCUGGCUAUCUCACUCCUCUUCCUCACUGCUGCCCUCCGCCUUGCCUCCCUGCAGCAUCCACAGCGUCCCCUACCCCUUAGCGACGCCCUGCUUGUCGUGGUAGGGGGCCUGUGCGGACAAGGUACCAUUGAGGAAUUUCGCACCUUCGCAAGUCGCCUGAUUUUUUUGACGCUUCUAAUGCUGCAGGUGCUGGUGACUGCCCACUACACUAGCUAUCUGGUCUCGUCUAUGGCUGUGGGUCCUCCCUUGCCUACAGUGUCCACCAUUGCAGACAUUAGCAAACAUCCCCGGCUCAGACUCACCUUCAUCAGAGGCUCCUCCGUCACAGAGUAUUUCAGGACCUCCCGCAGCCUGGAGCAUCAGGAAGCGUGGGCAGAGAUGCAGGAGGAUGAUUUAGUGGCGUCUCGAGAGGAGGGGACGAUGAGGGUUCUGCGCGGCCCUUACGUCUUCCUGGAGGCGGGGGCGUACCUCAACAAACGCUACGGGUCGGACUGUCGGUAUUUCAUCCUCCCCACACCUAACUUUCCCUCCCUAAGUGCCUUCGCCGUGAGGAAAGGCUCUCCAUUCAUUCCUGUUCUUAAUAAUGUAAUCCUAAAGAUGAAAUCAACAGGACUAAUGAACAAAUGGCACUGGGAGGCAACGCCCAAGCCGGUAGACUGUUCCGACCUCGAGUUUCUUCCCGUGGCGGCGAGUGUGGUGGUGACGGCUUUCCUCCUGCUGGCGUCAGGGGCAUCUCUCUCCCUCUUGCUCCUAGUGUGGGAGAGAAACAGAUACGGAGAAAGAGGGGAAAGUAAAAGGAGGAAAGAUGACAAGAUAAUUCACAAAAGAGGAACGUAACAACGAAGACAAUAAGAUGGUGUUGUCUCAGUCAUUCCAGAUUCGUAGAAUUAAGCAAAUUUUCCGUAUGUUAAAUACUGCAGUGUGUGUCACUGGGCUCAAAAUUUAGUCAUUCCAUGUAAAAUUGCUGGCUUCCGGUUAAACACACACACACGCACACACAUACACACACAGACAGACAGAACUACGCCGCCAGUCUCAGGAGGAGUUUGAUUACAAACUGUUCAACACCCCAACAAUAACACAACGCCGGCCCGAAGAGCCCUACACGUCUGUAACAAGCUGGUCCCUAUCACAGCCCGCACUGACCUCUGAGAGUACAACGUCAUCCCCACUCUAGUCAGCAUGUAUAACAACCACUGACGUUACUUUCUCUUGGUUCUCAUUCAAGUCAAUCUUGUUCUUUAUACGACGCUUUAAUUGAUCCGUUUUUGUUUUCCAUUUUAGUUAUAUCUCUGGUAUUUGGUUUUCUCAUUAUUUUUAAUAGUUUCUGCCCCUAAAGUAUAUUUUCAGCCGUUGGCUGCCCAUAUUGUAUCACAAGCUCUUAUUGAUACACCAUUGCUUAUCACAAUUACACACACACACACACACACACACCGCGUCAUGUACAGUACGUAUUGGUUAGCAAAUGGGAGAUCCUCUUAAUGUGUAGCCUGUGUUGACAUAGCAGUUAGCAGGUAUGGGAUGUAACCUGAGGGGUUGUGAUCUCUGUCCCGAUGUGUGGUUUCAGUCCUAUCCGUAGAUUAAUCACUAUGAGCUCUGAGCUUCUUCCGUAGGGAACGGCUGGAUGAGUGACCAGCAGACGAUCGUAAGUGAAUAACAUACACACAUACUCAAUCUAAUUAUAAUCCAUGUAUCAUCAAUUAGACCGAUAAAAAGAAUAAAUACAAAACAUAUAUACACAUACAUGCUAUAGAAGCCUAUCUUUUAGCUCUUGUUCCCUCAAUGCUCCUCGUCAACACACACAAGAGGGCAGGAGGAGGAGGCUGCCAAAGACAACGUUCGGGGGAAGGCGGAGGUAAGCAAGGCUACUCUCAUUUGUUGGGGCCGGACGCGCUUUGGCUACGGGCGGUCCUGACUACACCCGUCGGAUUCCCCGCAGAGAAAGUUGGCCUUGCAAACCUCUACCUUAGGGCACACUAUGCAUUUAUAGAUAGCCCCAGGAAAGACAAGAAUUCAGGCAGAGAUACGACGGCACCUCAGCCAAGAACGCUCUCACACGAUUAGUUUCACUAAUUUCGAUAGAGUCCUUACUAUGAGUUUUAACACUGCGAAAUUGUGAAAGCGCUUUGGCCGAAGAGCGUCAGAAACGCACCUCGCCUGCUCAGAGUCCGAGGUGCUACUGAGCCAACAGCAAGAGUCGAGGACUAGACUAGAGGUUCAAUCGAGCUGCUUCAGUGUUACGAAACACCUCUCUCUCUCUCUCUAUUUACAUUUCAUAUACAUACAAUCCACACACACACACA